UGUGUAGUUUAUAUAUUCCGGACAAUUUUUUAAAAAAUUUUGAAAUUCUCUGUAACAAAAUUGAAUAACAAAAUUAAAUAAAUCGCACAAAUAUGUCUGAUGAUUUUCGUGACCGCUUCGACAUAAUAGAUACUAAGACACCUCGGCAUGCUUUGCUUUCCGGACGUUAUAAAAAGAGUUUUGCUUACAUUUUCUUACGAGAUCGUAUGCCAGUAAUAUUAACGCAAAUCAUCGACGAUUUACUUAAAGAUAAAGACGAAAUCGUCAGACGGUUUGGAGAGGACUCCCGGGAGGAGCUCAAGGUAGUGAUUGGUCAACUGUCUAAACUGAAGUAUCAACUCCAAACGGACAAACCUUUUGAAAAAUUCGAAAAUAAUGAACCUGACAAGAUAUUGUGGAACGAAUUCAUUGAUGCACUACCCAAAGAGUUGAACAGCUUUUUUCGGUCUUGUUGGUUAUAUUCGGAAAGCUAUGUCUACCGAAAGGUGUCUUCGUUUUUUGAGGCCAGAACAGCUUUGAAAUCGUUCGAUUAUUUUGAAAAACAAAAACAAGUUCUUCAGUCCAAUGUUAUGAUUGCGGUUGCUCGUUCCUGUCGCCGCGCAGAUAAGGACAAAAGAGUGUUUCAUCGAUUUGUGAAGCUCGAUUUAUGGAGUAAUCUUUGUGACCAGUCUUUUUUUACGAAACUUGAAGGUAAUCUUCUCGAUUUACUAGAUAAAUGGGAUAACAACAUUUUAGUGAAUAAUACGCGAAGUAUAUGGAACUGUUUACAAAUGGCUGAUCAUUCGAAGCCUGUGAUCGUGGACUUCGUGUGCAAUAACGCAAAUUUUGAGCUUUACGCGGAUUUGGUACUGGCUGAAUAUUUAAUAGAGAAACAAUUAGCAUCGAAAGUGCGUUUUCAUGUCAAACCAAUACCAUGGUAUACAUAUGAUGCUACAGUCCAAGACUUGCAAAACUUGCUACAAAGUAUGCGAAGCAGCUCAUACGGCAUUUUAAAUGAACAGGGUCGAAAAUGGAAACAGUACUUCGAUGAGGAGAAAUUUCUAAUAGCCCCCAUGAACUACUUUUGGGUUAGCGCUUAUGAAUACUUCAAAAUGCGCGAAAUUAAUCCUGAGCUGUAUAAAUAUCUUUCCCAAGCUCACCUUCUCAUCUUUAAAGGAGAUUUGCAUUACCGAAAGCUACUUGGAGACUAUUGCUGGGAUCCAACAGACAAUUUCUUAACAUGUAUAAGAGGUUUCCAGCCGACUAAUAUAUGUGCACUACGAACCAUCAAGUCGGACAUUGUCUGCGGUUUACAACAAGGCCAAACUGACGAUCUGCAUCGGCGUACUCAUGAAUGGAUGACAACCGGCGAAUACGGACUUAUACAGUUCGUGGAACGAAUAGAAUGUAGUUGCGCAUUCAAAGAAAAUUGAAUUGCAUCAGACGGAAUAAUCUAUAUAAUGACUAAGAUGUAUAGAAGAGGUUCCAGCAGUAACAAAACAGUUUUAAUAAAUUCAAAAUGUACUCAUUGGUAAUAAAUUACUAACAGAUAUGAUGAAUGAAUUUUUGAACAAAUCGUGUAAAUAAACUAUAUAAGAUAAACUA